CGCAGAUAAUGUUAGCAAGCUUAGCUGACGUUUUGAAAUUCAGUGCAGGGGUGAAGUGCUAUCUAGAAGGUUGGAGUUCACUCUAAUAAGAAAGCUACUUUUUUUUCUACGUAUUAUUUAUCACGUCUCACAGGGAGGAUGGCUUCGGGCGGAGAAUCUAAAAAUGACGAUCUUUCUACUGCCAUUCUAAAACAAAAGAACAGACCCAACAGGUUGAUCGUUGAUGAAUCCAUCAAUGAAGAUAACAGUGUGGUCUCCCUCUCUCAGGCCAAGAUGGACGAGCUUCAGCUUUUCCGAGGGGACACUGUGCUGCUGAAGGGUAAGAAAAGGAGGGAGACUGUUUGCAUCGUACUGUCCGAUGAUAGCUGCUCUGAUGAGAAAGUCCGCAUGAACAGGGUGGUGCGCAACAACCUCAGGGUUCGCCUUGGAGAUGUCAUCAGCAUUCAACCGUGCCCAGAUGUGAAGUAUGGGAAACGUAUCCAUGUACUGCCCAUUGAUGACACAGUGGAGGGAAUCACUGGCAACUUAUUUGAGGUGUACCUAAAGCCUUACUUCCUAGAGGCUUACCGGCCAAUCCGUAAAGGUGAUAUCUUUCUGGUGAGAGGAGGCAUGCGUGCUGUUGAGUUUAAAGUGGUAGAGACUGACCCCAGCCCUUACUGUAUAGUGGCUCCAGACACUGUCAUUCACUGUGAAGGAGAACCUAUUAAGCGUGAGGAUGAAGAGGAAUCUCUGAAUGAAGUAGGCUACGAUGACAUUGGAGGUGUGAGAAAGCAGCUGGCUCAAAUCAAAGAAAUGGUGGAGUUGCCCCUCAGGCACCCAGCACUCUUCAAGGCCAUUGGUGUGAAACCUCCCCGUGGUAUUCUUCUGUACGGACCCCCUGGAACUGGAAAAACACUGAUUGCUCGUGCUGUCGCAAAUGAAACUGGAGCAUUCUUUUUCCUGAUAAAUGGCCCUGAAAUUAUGAGUAAACUGGCUGGUGAGUCUGAGAGCAACCUGCGUAAAGCUUUUGAAGAAGCUGAGAAGAACGCUCCUGCCAUUAUCUUCAUUGAUGAGCUGGAUGCUAUUGCACCCAAGAGAGAGAAGACUCACGGUGAAGUAGAGAGGCGCAUCGUGUCUCAGCUGCUCACCCUGAUGGAUGGACUGAAGCAGCGGGCUCACGUCAUCGUAAUGGCCGCCACCAACAGACCCAACAGCAUUGAUCCAGCUCUCAGGAGAUUCGGACGCUUUGACAGAGAGGUGGACAUCGGCAUUCCUGAUGCUACAGGAAGACUGGAAAUCCUACAGAUCCACACUAAGAACAUGAAGCUGGCCGAUGAUGUUGACCUGGAGCAGGUUGCCAACGAGACCCAUGGUCAUGUGGGUGCUGAUUUGGCUGCCCUCUGCUCAGAGGCCGCACUGCAGGCCAUCCGCAAAAAGAUGGACCUUAUUGAUCUGGAGGACGAGACAAUCGAUGCAGAGGUCAUGAACUCCCUGGCUGUCACCAUGGAUGACUUUAGGUGGGCCCUGAGUCAGAGCAACCCGUCAGCUCUCCGUGAGACUGUGGUUGAGGUGCCCAACAUCACCUGGGAGGACAUUGGUGGCUUGGAUGAUGUCAAGAGAGAACUCCAGGAACUGGUGCAGUACCCAGUGGAGCAUCCAGACAAAUUCCUGAAGUUUGGUAUGACUCCAUCCAAGGGUGUGUUGUUCUAUGGGCCACCAGGUUGUGGUAAAACGCUCCUGGCCAAGGCCAUUGCCAAUGAGUGCCAGGCCAACUUCAUAUCCAUCAAAGGUCCUGAACUGCUAACCAUGUGGUUUGGAGAGUCUGAGGCGAAUGUUCGUGAGAUCUUUGAUAAGGCUCGCCAAGCUGCCCCCUGCGUGCUCUUCUUUGAUGAGCUGGACUCCAUUGCUAAAGCCCGUGGUGGAAGCGUGGGCGAUGGCGGUGGAGCAGCCGACCGUGUCAUUAACCAGAUCCUGACCGAGAUGGAUGGCAUGUCCAGCAAGAAGAACGUCUUCAUCAUUGGCGCCACCAACAGACCAGAUAUCAUCGACCCUGCCAUCCUCAGGCCUGGCCGUCUGGAUCAGCUUAUCUACAUCCCACUGCCCGAUGAGAAAUCCCGCAUGGCCAUUCUCAAAGCUAACCUCAGGAAGUCUCCAAUCUCCAAGGAUGUAGACCUGGACUACCUGGCCAAGAUGACCAAUGGCUUCUCUGGUGCUGACUUAACAGAAAUCUGCCAGAGAGCCUGCAAACUAGCUAUUCGUGAAUCCAUCGAGAAUGAGAUCAGGAGGGAACGCGAGAGGCAGACAAACCCAUCAGCCAUGGAAGUGGAAGAGGAUGACCCAGUACCUGAGAUCAGGAAGGACCACUUUGAGGAGGCCAUGCGUUUCGCCCGUCGCUCCGUCAGCGACAACGACAUCCGCAAAUAUGAGAUGUUUGCACAGACCCUGCAGCAAAGCAGAGGCUUCGGCAGCUUCAGAUUCCCUUCCAGUAAUCAGGGCGGAGGUGGACCAAGCCAAGGUUCUGCAGGAGGCAGUGGAGGGAAUGUCUUCAACGAGGACAACGACAACGACGACGACCUUUACGGAUAAUUUGAAUAAAUGUGACCACAUGGCUGAUCUCUUCAGUACAGGCCACCAUGUACAAAGAAGAAACCCAACUGAUAAAUUCCACAUUUUUAGGACUCUGUGCUUCUUUGAUGUUUUUUCCUUUUUUUUAUAUAUUAUCAUCCUCCUUCCCUUCUCUCCUCUCCCUGUUGGGGGAGCAAAAGCAUGUAGCUGCUUGUAUUUUGCUCUGAUUUGUGAAAAGGAUUGUUAUUGCAGAACCUUGAUCCUGAUGUACUGUUGGUGGGGGCCUGUUAAAAUGAAUAAAUACACACAGUAGACUGGCUUCAUUCAUUCUUAACUUCACAAUCCCUACAAGCAGCUUUAGCAACAGGAGUUAAUGCUAGCCUGUUGAAAGAUUACAAAAUUGGGGGGAAAGUAAUUGCUAAUUACUUCAUUUUUUAUGAAUGUAGCAUAUGUAUUACAAAUUUGAAAAUGUUUAAAAAAAAAAAAAAAUAAAGUUCACAAAAUGGCCCCAACUGUCAAA